CAGUCGCCGCUUGUGCUUCAAGCCAUAAAGUGUUGCAAAUAAUUUAUAAACAAAAGUCUGUGUGCAAUAUGCGUACAGAGCAAGCGCUGGUUAAACUGCAGGCCAUGCUGGCCAUUGCGCUAUUGGCAGGCAUUUGUCCAUUGUUGUUGCUGGUGGCGCUUGUUACCAAAAUCUGCGGUUGCUUGUUCAGUUGUUGCUACACCAAGCAGAAAACUUUGGCAGGGGAAGUGGCUUUGAUUACUGGCGCUGCUCAUGGGCUGGGGCGUGCGCUAGCCAUUGAGUUGGCCCAGCGAGGUUGUCACAUAGCCGUAGUCGAUAUUAAUCUGGCCGGCGCCGAAGAAACAGUCGCGCAAAUCAAACAGUUAGCGACGGUUAAGGCAAAAGCUUUUAAGGUAAAUGUUAGCAAUUAUACUGAGCUUGUUGAGCUGCAGGCAAACAUAAGCCAAACACUUGGCACUGUUACAUUGCUGGUGAACAAUGCUGGAUUAUUGCUGCUUAGCAACUCCUUGAAUCCAGCGCCGCAGGAGCUGCAGCGUAUGAUUGAUGUUAACUUAACCGCACACUUUUGGACCAAGAGCAUAUUUUUGCCAGCCAUGAAGCAGCUAAACAAAGGAUAUGUGCUCAGCAUAAGCUCGCUGGCAAGCAUUAUUCCUCUGCCCUACAAUACAAGCUAUACGGCUACAAAAUUUGCUGUCACUGGUUACAUGAAGGCUUUGCGACUGGAACUUAUGCUCGAGCGUCAGCGCAAUAUUAAAGUCUGCACUGUUAUGCCGGCGUUUCUACAAACCAAUGAUGAAGUAACAGAUCUUGUGGCUCGCACACAAUUCGAUCGCUUGUAUCCUUUGAUUAGCGGUGAGGCUGCUGCCAGGCGCAUUAUUGAUGGAAUGAUUGCUGGCGAAAAGGAAAUUAUGUUGCCAGGCUUUGGAGCUGUCUUGCAGCGUAUUUUAACUCUAUUACCCUUAAGCUGGCAGGACUAUCUGCUGCUGUUUAUUGCCAACAAAUACUUUAUGAAGUUCUGUGAAUUGCGCGCUUAAAGACAUGUCUGUAGGCAAUUAAAGUGCAUAAUUAUAAUGAACAUUUACGAUUUUAUUAAAAGCCGUUGCUGUCGCUGCUGCUGAUA